AUGCCCGGGUGUUUCGUGUAUCAAUAUGAACUCAAGCCCACCGUCGGCUCCAUCCUUCCCUCCAACCGGCGAAGCAGCUCCUGCUCAGCAGCUCCUGCUCAGCAGCUCCAAAAGCAAAAGAACGAUGAAGCCAAGCAAAUGUUAAUGCUAUCUCGUGUAUUGUCUCCCGAAGCCAGGGAUAGAUUGCAGUCAUACCUAUUGCAGAUGAGCCAAAGAGGCGCCCUCUCAAGGCCCUUAGAUGAUAAGCAGCUGAUUUCGCUUUUAUCUCAGGUGGGUGGUCUGAAUGAGGCAGAUUGUGACGUGCAACAGCAGUCCCCGACAACCUUUGUGAAGCGAAAAUCAGGAAUCGACGAUGAUGAAGAUUUGGAUCUUUCUCAGUUUGGAAUAUAG